AUGGAAGAUAAGUACAUUGGACUGGCGCUGGCCAUCAGUUCGUCGUUGGCGAUUGGAACGUCGUUUGUGCUCACAAAAAAAGGGCUGCUGAAAGAUGGAAGCGGAGGAGAGUCGUACUCGUACCUGACGAACCCGAUUUGGAUCCUUGGUACCUCGCUCAUGGCUAUUGGGGAAAUCGCCAAUUUCGCGGCAUACACGUUUGCUCCUCCUAUAUUGGUGACCCCCCUUGGAGCUCUUUCUGUUAUUAUUGGCGCCGUUUUGGCCUCUGUAUUUUUGAAGGAGGAACUUGGUACCUUGGGUAAAAUGGGAUGUGCAAUUUGUUUACUUGGCUCGGUGAUCAUCGUGUUGCACGCUCCAGCAGACAAAGAGGUGCAGACCGUGGACGAGAUCCUCAACUACGCGAAACAGCCAGGCUUCAUGCUGUACGCUCUUGUGGUUGGUAUCUACGCGGUGUUCAUGAUCUACAAAAUUGCUCCUAAGUUCGGAAACCAAAACCCUAUGAUAUACAUCAGCAUCUGCUCCCUGGUGGGAUCGAUUUCCGUGUGUGCGAUCAAGGCAUUCGGAAUUGCCUUGAAGCUGACCCUACAGGGCAACAACCAAUUUACACAUCCUUCUACCUACUUCUUCAUCAUUGUGGUGGUUGUGUGCAUUCUGACACAAAUGAACUACUUCAACAAGGCGCUGGCGCAAUUCGAUACUUCCAUUGUUAACCCACUGUACUACGUGACAUUUACCACAGCUACGUUGUGUGCUUCCUUCAUCUUGUUCCGCGGAUUCAAUACCACCUCGUCCGUCAAUAUCAUUUCUUUGAUUUGCGGAUUCCUCAUCAUUUUCAGCGGUGUGUUCCUGCUGGACAUUUCUCGUCACGGUACUGACACAGAUGAACUGUUUGCUACGAAGAAAGAUGGAUUAUCCGACAUUCCAUUAAACUCUGACCUGUCUGCAUACCAGUUCAGAAGAUCAAUGCAAUUGAACAGACCGAACCAGGACUCUGCGUACCACAAUCUAAACAGCGACCCAUCUGACCGCCUUCGAAGACGCUCCGACAGUUUCGAAUUGAACUAG